AUGUAUCACGGCCACCGGGCAGAAUGUGAGAAAGUCCUUCGCCAGAUCUAUCCUCAUGCGACAGAACAACACAUUGAGAACAAGCUGCUUUCUCUAGAACACAGCGUGAUGCAAGCCAAGGCCCUGACUCAAGAAAUCAGGCUGCGGGCUGCAGCCAAGAACAUCUUCACCCUUCCAGCAAACCGCCGAGCCAUGAUUGCAGCUUGUGGUCUCAUGUUCUUCCAACAGAUGUGCGGCUUUAACACCAUGAUGUAUUGCUCAAGCACGCUGUUUGCCAUUGUUGGUUUCAAAAACCCAGUCGCGGUUGGAACCAUUAUUGCCGCGAUCAAUUGGCUCUUCACCGUAGUCUCCAUCAUAUUUAUUAACAAAAUCGGACGGCGUCGCAUUCUGAUCUGGACCAUGUGGGGGAUGCCGCACACCGGCAUACAUCGUUCUGGCUUCUUUGAUCUAUUCGUCGCUUUCUAUGCGGCAGGACUAGGCUGGGUGCCCUGGCAAGCCAACGAAUUUCUGCCGAUGGAGGUGCGUGCGUUGGGAACGACGGGUAUCAACAACUUUAAUUGGGGCCCCAAUAUCAUUGUAUCGUCCACCUUCUUGUCCAUGAUGAAGGGCAUCACUCCAGCCGGCACUUUCGGCUUUUAUGCUUGUACUUCAUUUCUAGGCUGGAUCUAUGUCGUCUUCUGCUUCCCUGAGGCUGCGAACAUGACGCUUGAGGAGGUCAGAGCAGUUUUCCAGCAUGGUUUCGGAGUGCGUUAUGCCGAGGCAUGGCGAAAAAAGCAAAGGUUAGCCAAGCAAAGCCAGGAGUAG